AUGAGCACUUUUUAUACAAGUAAUAAUGAAGUUGACAAAAAUGAUUUUAACAUGUUACAUACUGAGACUAUGCCGGAUUGUAGUGUGAAUGUUGAUGAACAUUUUUGUGGUGAAUUAUCAAGCAUCUGUAAGCAUUGUUCU